CCUCACCGUCCACAGUCUACCAACUUCGACCUUGUCCUAGGCACCAAGGUAGCUACAUCCGAGCCAAUAAAUCACCACAAUCAGUCGCGCCACACACACCCAACGUUCUCCCACAUCAUGCCGUCGGCAGCACCCAAAUCAUACCAGUACACUCAUGUACCAGAAACACAGGAGAACCUCGACUGGGCCGAUCUACCUACCGUCGACCUAUCCAAAUAUGGAACUCCCAACGGCAAUGCAGAGUUGGCCAAGACCCUGAUUGAUGCCGUCAGGACAAAGGGCUUCUUUUACGUAAUCAACUACGGCAUCUCACAAGAGGCUGUCGACCGCCAGUUCGCCUUUGGUCAAGAGUUUUAUGACCUGCCCCUAGAGGAGAAACUCAAAUACGUUCCUGAUCUUGAGAAUGGCGUUUACAAUGGCUACCGUCCGGCGGGCCGUCGCAUCAUGGGGAACGGCCAGCCUGACAAGGUCGAGGUCUGGAACAUGGCGACAAACGACGGCCGAAUCACGCAGGCGCUGCCCAAGCCCCUGAAGGACAACCAGACCGAGAUCGAGUCGUUCUCCAAGGACCUGCACGACAAGGUCCUCGACCCGCUCAACCACCUGAUCGCGCUGGCGCUCGAGCUGCCGCCCGACUUCCUGACGCGCCUGCACCGCUGGGACGUGCACGACGAGUCCCACCUGCGCUACAUGAAGUACGGCCGGUACUCACCUGCCGAGGUCGAGCGGCUCGGCUCGGGCCACUGGGCCGACGGGCACACGGACCUGGGCACCAUCACGCUGCUGUUACGGCAGCCGGUGGCGGCGCUGCAGAUCAAGGACCACGCGACGGGCGAGUGGAGGUGGGCCAAGCCGCUGGACGGUAGCCUGACGGUCAACACGUGCGACGCCCUCAGCUUCCUGACGGGCGGGUACAUCAAGUCGACGGUGCACAGGGUCGCGCUCCCGCCCAAGGACCAGCGCCACGUCGACCGCCUGGGCCUGCUGUACUUUGCCCGGCCGCAGAACGAUCUGGUGCUCAACACUAUCGACUCGCCCGUCCUGAAGAGGGAGGGCUUCACGGAAAACGAGUUUGAAGCCGGCGGGCAUCAUCUGACCAAAUUCGCCAACCGAUCAACUGAAUUCACGACCCUCAAGCAGAAAUGGCAGCAGAGCAAGGGGUACAUGAAAAAAGACCAGGUCAUUCUACCGGGGUUUACAGGCAAGCUUAUCAGCUGA